AUGGCUAGCCAGAACCCCAGCGACGUCCCUGCCACCGAGGCCACCCAGGCUCUGCCUGACCGCACCCAAAACCCCGCUGAUACCGCCGAGGGUCCCACAAAGAGCGCCCUCAAGAAGGCCGCCAAGCUCGAAAGAUUGCAGGCUGAAAAGGCCAACAAGAAGGCUGGAGUGAAGGCUGAGAAGGCCGACAAGCCCAACAAGGCUGAGAAGCCCGUUGGAAAGCAGGAGGCCAAGAAGGCCCCCAAGAAGAAGGUCGAGGGUGCCCACUUGACUGGUAUCGAUGUGUUGAAGCACGAGGACUUCCCCGGCUGGUACCAGCAGGUUCUCACCAAGGGUGACAUGCUGGACUACUACGAUGUCUCCGGUUGUUUCAUCCUCAAGCCUGCUCUGUUCUUUAUCUGGGAAGAGAUCCAGGAAUACUUCAACAAGGCUAUUAAGAAGAUGGGCGUCAAGAACUGCUCUUUCCCUCUGUUCGUCUCUGAGGAUGUCCUGCAGCGUGAGAAGGAUCACAUUGAGGGCUUCGCCGCUGAAGUCGCUUGGGUCACGCAUGCUGGCUCCACUGCUCUGGAGAAGAAGAUCGCCAUUCGCCCUACAUCUGAGACUGUCAUGUACCCCUACUACGCCAAGUGGAUUCGCAGUCACAGAGAUCUUCCAUUGCGUCUCAACCAGUGGAACAGUGUCGUGAGAUGGGAAUUCAAGAACCCCCAGCCCCUUCUCCGUUCCCGAGAGUUCCUCUGGCAGGAGGGCCACACUGCUCACCUUACUGAGGGUGCUGCCCGCGAGGAAGUCUUGUCCAUCCUCGAUCACUACGCCAACAUCUACGAGGAGCUUCUCGCCGUUCCCGUUGUUAAGGGCCAGAAGACCGAGAAGGAGAAGUUUGCUGGUGGUGCUUACACUACCACCGUCGAGGGUUACAUCCCCGCCACUGGCCGUGGUAUCCAGGGUGGUACAUCCCACGGUCUGGGUCAGAACUUCAGUAAGAUGUUCGGCAUCACAGUCGAGGAUCCUGACACCAAGCCUGGUGAGGUGAAGCCCCCUCUGCACGUCUGGCAGAACUCUUGGGGUCUGUCCACCCGUUCCCUCGGUGUCAUGGUCAUGAUCCACGGUGACGACAAGGGUCUGGUUCUCCCUCCCCGCGUCGCUGAACUCCAGGUCAUCGUUGUCCCCGUCGGUGUCACCGCCAAGACCACCGAGGAGGAGCGUGUGAAGCUCGAGGCCGAGGUCGAUGGUCUCGUUGCCGUCCUCGAAGCCGCUGGUGUCCGCGUCGACAGCGACAAGAGCGCCAACUCCCCCGGCUGGAAGUUCAACCGCUACGAGCUGCGCGGUGUCCCUCUGCGCAUCGAGUUCGGUCCCGGCGAGUCCGCUGGCCACUUCGUCACCACCGCUCGCCGUGAUAUCCUCGGAAAGGAGGGCAAGGGCAGCAUCGCUAUCCCUGACCUGGCCACUGGUGUCCCGGCUCUUCUUGAAACUAUCCAGUCUGAUAUGUACAAGCGUGCCGAUGAGCAAUUCAAGGCCCACCGCAUCAAGAUCACCAAGUGGGAUGACUUCACCCCUGCUCUGAACAGCAAGAACGUCUGCCUCAUUCCCCACUGCUUGACCGAGGAGUGUGAGGACCAGAUCAAGGAUAUGAGUGCUCGCAAGGCCGAGGAAGACUCUGGUGAGGCUGAGGAUGCCAAGGCCCCCAGCAUGGGUGCUAAGUCUCUUUGCAUUCCCUUCGACCAGCCCGAGGGUAUUGAGCAGGGUGUCACCCCUUGCUGCAACCCCAAGUGCACACGCCCCGCUGAGAAGUGGUGCAUGUUCGGCCGCUCCUACUAA